AUGUCCGCGUGGAUCACGCAGGCCGACGUGGACUCGGCUUUAGGCAGUGCGGCGGCGGCGGCCGCAGGCGGCCCGGACCGCCUCGAGGCAAGCAACCAGCUCAAGCAAUGGGCCGACAAGGGCGUUGUAUGCACGGACGAGACCAUCCGCUUGUACUUGGCGCUCCGGUCCCUCCUGAAGGUACCCGGUCCCGACGGCAAGAAGGGGAAGGUCACGCCUGCCUUGAUGACGUCGUGGAAAUCUGAGAAGUUCGUGAAGUCGGAAACGAAGAUGGAGAUAUACGUGGUGUCCAAGGAGAGCAAGCCCGACCUUCCCAACCAAAAAGUCAAGAUCGAGGGCAAAACCGUGAAGAUCGCGACUUACAUCAUCGAGCAUGACAAGAUCAAGGACUUGCCAGGGAAUUUCUCGGACGAGAAGUUUUGGUUGGUGGACGGCGUCGUCCCGAGGACAGCACGCGGGGCCGGCGUCGCCACGCAUUGUUCUUCGAUGGGCUCGAACGCGACCAACGACGGCGGCGCUUCCUGGGCUCUCCCGGCGCCGAGCCCGUCGCGCGGCAGUGCAGAGGAGGCGCCGCGCGCGACAGAGAAGGCGCGGAGCCCGGCAGGCCACGAUGCCCAGAGCGCGUUUGGGCAGUCUCUCCUCGAGGCCACCAGCGCCGGUCAGAGUUUGCGAACUAUUUUAGUCCAGUUGGUGAACAAGUGGAAUGAGAGCUUCCGGGCUGGUCGGUACUCCUCCGCAGACCAUACGAACGACCGGUUUGCCCAAUUCUGGCUGAGAAAGUUCGUGAGGAUGAUCAAAAACAUGGACGAGGAGAGCAGGAAGCAGGCAGCGAUUCGCGACUUUGUGAAACACGUGAUCAAGGAGGUGCUCGAGAAGGGCACGCGCGACCACUUGGGCUCCGCGGUGCUCCAGUUGGAGGCGAUCAGGGACAAUGUGGACAAAUUGGGCUUCUUCCCCACGCUCGGGAAGGCCAUCCUCGCCAUGGCCAAAGAGGACACGUUGUUGAACCCCCCUGACUUCGACGAGAUCGUCGCCCCGGAGUGA